GUGGGAGCGUCGCUGUUCGCCAGCAACAUCGGGUCGGGUCACUUCAUAGGCCUGGCUGGGUCCGGGGCCGCGGCUGGGAUUGGUGUGGCGGGCUUCGAGCAGAGCGCCGUGUACAUCCUGAUGCUGCUGGGGUGGCUGUUCGUGCCUGUGUACAUGAGCUCCGGGGUGUACACCAUGCCCGAGUACCUGAGAGAGAGGUUCGGCGGACAGCGGAUCAGGGUCUACCUCUCCUUCCUGGCGCUCCUCCUCUACAUCUUCACCAAGAUCUCCGCGGACCUAUACGCCGGAGCUUUGUUCAUCCAGCUGGCGCUGAACAAGACGUCCCCAGAGUGGCUGUACCAUGAGCAUCUCUUCCUGCUGGCCGUGGCCGCCAUCUUCACCAGCUCCGGGGGUCUCACCGCCGUGGUCUGGACCGACUUCGUCCAGACCAUUCUCAUGAUCGUCGGGGCCUUCAUCCUCAUGGUCAUGUCAUUUAUUGCUGUGGGAGUCGAGUCCCUGGUGGAGCGCUUUGCCUACGCCACGGCCAGCGUGCGGGCGGUGGACGCAAGCAACAAGUCCUGCGGGGAGCCGCCUAGUGAUUAUAUGCACCUCCUCCGGACCAUUGAGCCGGGCAAGAGUGACUACCCCUGGACGGGUAUGGUCUUUGGUCUUACUAUCAACUCCAUCUGGUACUGGUGUACUGAUCAGGUUAGUGACUGGUGU